UUGUCGACCCGCCAGCCCCUGCAGCCGCAGUCGCAUGUUUUUAGUGUUAGCGAAAAGCUUCAUAUAAACGUAGACAAGGAGACGACUGGUGUAGAUUUGCGGGCGUAUGAUUCAGCAUGUCUGAAUAUCCGACCUUCCACUAUGGCAAGUCCCGUUUCGACCAGAGCACGUUUUUUGGUCGGUUCAGGCACUUCCUGGAUGUGAUCGACCCCAGCACCCUCUUUGUUACAGAGAAACGACUUCAGGAGUGCGUUGAGUUGCUCGACCAUUUCAAACAAGGAACUCUGCCUCCAGGAGUGACAGAUGCUCAGCUUUGGCAAGCUCAGAAAAUAAAGCAGGCCAUCAUCCACCCUGACACGGGGGAGAAGAUUCUCAUGCCCUUUCGGAUGUCAGGUUUUAUCCCAUUUGGCACACCAGUGGUUGUUGGCCUCCUCCUCCCAAAUCAAACAUUGGGGUCAACCAUCUUCUGGCAGUGGUUAAACCAGAGUCACAAUGCCUGCGUUAACUACUGUAACCGCAACGCCUCCAAGCCAGCUCCAAUGUCCAAAUUCGUCCAGGGAUACCUCGGAGCAGUGACUAGCGCAGUCUCCAUUGCUGUUGGGUUGAAUGUGUUAAUCCAAAAAACAAGCCACUUCAGCCCAACGACCAGACUUUUGGUGAAGAGGUUCAUCCCCUUCCCAGCAGUGGCGAGCGCAAAUGUCUGUAACGUGGUGCUCAUGAGACACUCCGAGCUGUCGGAGGGCAUCAGUGUGCUAGACAACAACGGGAACGUGGUGGGAACAUCCAAAGUAGCUGCCAGGCAUGCACUUCUGGAGACAGCCCUGACCAGAGUGGUGCUACCCAUACCAAUCCUGGUGCUCCCUCCGAUGAUCAUGGCUGUACUAGAAAAGCUCCCUCUCCUGCAGAGACAGCGGAGGCUUGUCCUGCCCAUCCACACUCUGGUGUGUCUCGCUGCCUUUGGCCUGGCUCUGCCUCUCGCCAUCAGUCUCUUCCCACAGAUGUCCCAGAUCAACGUGAAUCUGCUCGAGCCGGAGAUCGCCAUGGCAACAGAUUGUAAGCUUGUGACAUACAAUAAAGGCCUGUGAGUGAUCCCUACAGCCCGACACAUGAAGACAGAACCUGCUGCUCACCAUGGUUCAAGCUGCCAGAGAAUGAAUUAUGGUAAAUUUGGCUGCAUUAGCCACAGAGGAAUUAGGAUACGUUUACAGAAAACCGCAGUUCCUGUUGGGAAUACAUGUUGUUUACACCAAGACAGUGGUUGUUAAUUAAGAAAUAACACAUGAUGACAUGUUGUGAUAUCGGAAAGUAUACGUCAUGACACCUCAGGAAGUAUUAUCAUGGUUCUAACAUGGACACUUCCUAAGGAAAUAAUGUCAAAUAACUGAGGCGCUCAAAAAGAUUUAUGGAAGACUAGGCCUGCUCAACCUAAAGUGUGCUAUGUUAUCAGCAGGGGGAGGGUAACAGCCUGGUUAGGCCGGCUAGCUAAGUUAACUUACAAGCUUGCCUGGUUUGUCAUGUUUUUUCUUUUUCUUCCUCUUUCACAGUGAACAGGCAAUUAACUAGAUAGGAAUUUUAAUAAACGUGAGGAAAAUAGGUGGAUUAAACAGGGGCAGAACAUGUCUAAAUGAUGUGAUGUAGAUUGUGUGUGUAAAUACUGUGAAUGAAAUCAGGAUAAAUGACCGAAAUGUAUUUUUGUGAAUGCUGAGUUUUUUUGUUUUUUUUCUUCUAUAGAAUUCAGGUGUUCCCAUCGUUUUUUGCUAUUAACCCCUUAAUAUGAAGCAAUAUACUGUCUCCUUGCAACCCCAUGUUAUAAGUUACAUACUAUAUAUGUACAUAUAGUAUGCAACCUAUGACAUGGGUUCAUGGCUCACGCUAACCCGUGAGCUGUUCAAUCAAACCUCUCAGAUCGUUUCAUAGGCACAGUUUUUGAAGGCCCGAAGGGCUAAAAACUAAAUUUUUUGCAUGUGGAAGAAGUAAAGUUUAGAAAAAAGUCAGAAAUAAAAACAGGCCUUGUAGGGGUCCUGACUCCAGUGUUGGAAAACUCUGUUUUAAUGGCUGUAGAAAUGUUACCCAAGUUGUUUUUAUAAAAAUAAUUUUAGGAAGUUAUCAGGUAACAGCAGAUAACUUAACAAAGUGUCACUUUACUAUCUGUUGCAUAAUUUAAAAAGUUUAUAAAGCAAACAUUGAACUUUGAAAAACAACCUCAUGCCGUAGUCAUUUAAUGAGCAGAAUGAUACAUACUGAGCCAAUGAGGCUAAAGUUAGAUCUCAGCCUGCUAGCCUGGUUGGCAUCAAUGACUGAAGGCAAGAGAUACUCUGUGCAGAUCAUAACCGAGCAGGUUGUCUCAGAGGGCUACGCCUCAUUUGGAGAGAGGCUCCACAAAGCUCAAUGGGAAACGUUAAAGAGGUCAGGAGACUCCGGUCAUCAACAUCAGUCAUCGAAACCGAGUCACGGCAGAUCCGAGCUAAGCAGAUAUUCAGCAGAGUCAGACUUUAAAAAGAAGUAAAAACAAACAUUUUAAAAUCCAUGCAAGAAUCCCCUUUGAAAUCAACCAUGGACUGAAUUAAGUUUCAAAACAGAGCAGUAUCUGCUUUGAUUUCAUCCAAUUGAAAUGUGACGCUUUUUGUUUGUUUGUUUUUUUGUUUGUUUUGUAACCACAAAAACAGGUAUUGAAAACACCAUUAUUAAGUAACUUCAAAUCCCUGUAUUUGCUUUGGCUCCCUCUAACUGGAAUCUGGAGGUUGAGGCACUCAUGCGGUAGAACAGCCACAGUUGGUUUUAGUUUGGAGUCAGGAAAAAAAAGAGACGUCUUUUGGAUUUGCUUCCAACUCAGUUAAAGUGCAUUUACUCUUCAAAAAUUACUUUUGUAUGUUGAAUACUGUAUAUACACAAACAUAAAUUAAGGAUAUUUUCAAGUCUUAACCUAAAAGGAGAUUCUUGUUCUAUAAAUGUUUUCUGAAAGCACUAUUUUAAAAAUGCUAAUCUCUUUUGUUUAUGUAUCUGCACUUGAUUUAUAUAAACUUUCUGUCUUCAAGUAUUAUCUUUU